GUGACAUGGGAGGAGGAUACGGGGGUCGGCCCAACCUCCUGUAUGGCAAGCUGUGUUCGGAGGACCAGUUACAGCAGUUGGGGGUGUCAUUGGAUUAUGUCCCACCGGAGGACCAGCUUUCCUCGGCUCAUCGAACCUCGCAGCAACCUCCCGCCCAUGGUUCGGUAGGUGGGAGCCAGGCAGCAGUGAGUGGUGGGGGUGCCUACAAGUCAGUACCACUACAAGCACUCCACCGAUCCCCAGCUGAGCGGAGAUACCGAGACCCAGCACAGGGCCCUCUACGGAAACUCUCUGUCGAUCUCAUCAAAACUUACAAGCACAUAAAUGAGGUUUACUAUGCCAAGAAGAAGAAGCGCGCCCAACAAACGCAGGGCCAGAGUCCUAGCAUGCACAAAAAGGAACGGAAGGUUUACAAUGACGGCUAUGAUGAUGACAACCAUGACUACAUCAUCAAGUCAGGGGAGAAGUUUGAGGACAGAUAUGAGAUUGACUCUUUGAUAGGGAAGGGCUCUUUCGGUCAGGUUGUGAAGGCCUACGACCACGAGGAACAGACGUGGACGGCCAUCAAGAUCAUCAAGAAUAAGAAACCUUUCCUUAACCAGGCGCAGAUUGAGGUGAAGCUGCUGGAGAUGAUGAACCGAGCAGACUCCGACAACAAGUAUUAUAUAGGUAAAGACAAGAUAGUGCGGUUGAAGCGUCAUUUCAUGUGGCGUAAUCACCUGUGCCUGGUGUUUGAGCUGUUAUCCUACAACCUGUACGACCUCUUGCGUAACACCAACUUCAGGGGGGUUUCACUCAACCUAACCCGCAAGUUUGCGCAGCAGCUGUGUACAGCACUUCUCUUCCUGUCCACGCCGGAGCUUCAGAUCAUUCACUGUGAUCUCAAACCUGAAAAUAUCCUGUUGUGCAACCCCAAGCGAAGUGCCAUCAAGAUUGUGGACUUCGGCAGUUCUUGUCAAAUGGGGCAAAGGAUAUACCAGUACAUUCAGUCAAGGUUCUACCGUUCCCCUGAGGUGUUACUGGGAAUCCCAUACAACAUGGCCAUUGACAUGUGGAGUCUAGGCUGUAUACUUGUGGAGAUGCAUACAGGAGAACCUUUAUUUUCAGGGGCCAAUGAGGUGGACCAGAUGAACAAGAUAGUGGAAGUGUUAGGGAUGCCACCAAAGCACAUCCUUGACAUGGCGACUAAAGCACGACGCUAUUUUGAUAAGUUACCUGAUGGGACCUAUAUUCUAAAGAAACCAAAGGAUGGCAAGAAAUACAAGCCGCCAAUGAGUCGUAAAUUGCGGGACAUUAUUGGGGUAGAGAGCGGCGGUCCGGGCGGGCGGCGCUUGAAUGAGCAGGGUCACUCAGUCUCGGAUUAUCUCAAGUUUGAGGAUCUGAUUAAGAAAAUGCUUGAUUAUGACCCAAAGACACGGAUCACUCCAUAUUAUGGGCUGCAGCACAAUUUCUUCAAACGAACGAGUGACGAAUCCACAAACACGAGUAACUCCACCAGUCCAGCAAUUGAACACACGGUGGCCUCCCCAAUCAACCAUUCAACCUCACAAACUGUGGUGGUGUCGGGUCGUGCACGGUCAGACCCUUCGCACCAGCACACUCACACAGGGCACUCUCAUGGGGCUAUGGACUGUGAGGUGUUUACUCAUCAUGCAGCUCAUCCUCCCCACUCUGCCCACCAUCCCCGCCACGUGCACCCAUACCAUGCCCACCGUUGUCGACCACUGGACCCUCGCCCUCUAGAUGCAGCCGGACGGCCCCAACCUCAGGCUACGGCAGCAGGCAGCGUAGCUGCUGCCGGAGGAUCUUUGCCACCAACGGCAGUGUAUGCAGCUCACCCAUAUUUGCCGAUGGCACUGGACUGUACCCAGACCGGCUCUGUGAAUCUGCCCUUGGCACCUAGUGGUGGUAGUAGUGGUGGUGGUCCACCCCAAGCAUCCUACCAGUAUCCUGGCAUUCCCUCCUUCCCACCUUCCACUUCCAGUAGUAGUGGAGGCAGUGGAGGACAAGGAAGCAUGGUCGGGUAUAGCUACCCUGGUGGUUCUCUAGUGCCGGUUGUGUCAGGGGGCCCCAGUGUGCUGUAUGAAGGGGCACGCCCACCUGGGGGUCAUCUUGAGCAACCACAACCGCUGCCCAUGUCUCAGCAAGGUGCAGCAGGAGCAGCAGCAGUGGCAGCAGGAGCAGUGCGGGUGGGACAAAGACAGAGCAGCAGUGGUGGAGGAGGUGGAGGAGGAGGAGGAGGAGUGGAGGUGGUGGAGGAGGAGGUGGAGGAGGAGGAGGUGGUGGUAGUGCUCAGGAGGGCUGGUGCAGGGGGUGAGGACAGCCCCAUGGUGGUGCAGCACAGCCCCCUGGCCAGUCAUUAACCCCUGGGCUGACCUAGCAACCUGCUCAACAGUGUAUUGUAAACAGUGGGCAGCCAGGCUUAGGACAGCUAGGAGUAAGUGAGCCUGGGCCGAGACAGCGCAGGGCGGGUGGGCACAUUGUGGUGCAGGACCGUGUGUGCCUGUGUGAUGUGAGCCUGUAACACCCAGAGUGGAGGCUGGCGGGGAACCACCCAUGUUUCAGCGCCGCCGCCCCCCGGCCCCCCUCUCUCUCCUGCCACUGCUUUUAUCUUGUUAUUUAUUAUUCUGGUGAGGAGGGACUGGCCAAGGGCCGCCCUGCAUCUGGCUGCCGGGCUGCCCGGGGGCCGGGCCGGCUGCGUUGGCUAAUCCAGUCUCAGGAACUCCCUCCCCCCCACCGCCACCACCACAUCUAGACUACCACUUCCCUUACCCUCAUCAACACUCCUCAAAUAAUGCCAUCACUACCACACCCAUCAAUAGAUCACCACCAGCAUAUUGCCUGCCACUGAUGCAUUGAUAGUGCAGUAAACCCCUCCUUUUUCCCUUUGUCUGUCUGAUAGUAUGCAUAACAUUCAUAACUCAGUAUUCAGUGAGUGCAUUUUGAAUUAUUGCACUCACGUGUCCUCCUACUACUUUUCCCAAACUUUUUCUAAUCUUCAGUCUUGCAGAAGCACUUAUCAUGCAGAAAAAAACACCUUCAGAGCAACACUGGUUCAGCUGGCUCCUCUCUCACAACAGAAAUAUUACACAUAGUGAGCCAGUUCAAAAGUGUAGACAACACAAAACGGAUAGUUGAUUACUAAAAAUCUAAUCAUGAACCUUUUAGCCUUGUUCUACAUUGAAAAAGUCAUUGUUAAGUGAGAUAAAUAGGCAUACACAGGUAUUUCAUUAUAUACAGUAACACAAACAUUGAUCUCAUAUUUGGCAGCUUAAACAUUUAAAAAUCUUCAGUAACAAAAAAUAAAAUUCACUUACCAAUGGUGAUACAGACCACCAGAAAUCUAAGCAUUUAUCCAGUUUGCUCACAUGUGAACAGGCAUCAACCCACAAAAAGAAACAUUCAGCUUUUCUUACAUGUAAACAGUCAUGCAUAUACAGUUGUUACAAUUUUCUUUCCCUGACAUUCAUCCCUCCCACAAAAGCAUAUGGUGUAACUUUCUUCUACACCUCAUUAAAUGUAUCAUUCGUGCAGCAGGAUCCUAUAUAUGCAAGCAGCUGGUGCAUUUACAGCUAAGUUUUGUGCAUCCUGCUGAUGCAUUACAUAAAUCACAUCUCUUAGGACACUGAGUUCUGUUCAUGUUGAGCCAGUUUCCCCACUAAACCAGCUGCUACAAUUUUCAAACAGGAACUGUCAAACACCCAUAUCCAAGUGUAGUAUCAGUCAUCAGUCAUCCCAUUCCCCUCUCAUUCCAUCCUACACAACAACCCCACCCUGCACAUCCAGCUUCAGGCCAGCUGGACUCUGCUCAGUCUGAUAGCAGCUUGUAGCAUUUGUAGAGUAUAUUCCAAUCUGUACUUCAAAACCAUAAGUAUCAAAAUACAGUCAUAAAUUAU